AUGCCAAUUGAUGCAAUUCAAUGGUGCAAUCUUCCAGUUGAAUUUCACCCAUUGCCUGGAGAAGAAUCAUCAUCAGGGGUGUCUAAAAAUGUUGUAGCAUAUUUUUCCAAGAGCAUCAAGAUUUUAUGUUCAAGCAAUGGCUUGGUUCUUUGUUCUGUUGCAAGUGAGAAUGGAAUAAGCUUUUUUAUCAUCAACCCAACAACACAAUCUUGCUCGCCUAUUCCAACUCAUGAGCACCUUCAAAAUAAGAGUUGUUAUGAUCAUAAGAUUGGUUUUGUAUGUGAAUCUGAUGGUAAUAUUAUGAUAUAUCACUUUAUCGAUAAUUUAGAUGAGUGGUGUUCAGAUUUUGACUGCAAAGUGUAUAAGGAGGGAGUGUGGAAAGAAAGAGAGAGAUUUUUCACUGGUAGUAGAAAUUUAAGAUUUGAUAUGUCUGUGCAUCACAAAGGAGUUAUUCACGUGAUAUCAGAUUGUUCUCCUUACUUAACAAGAAACAAUCCUUAUUUCAGACCCUACAUUGUGUCAUACAAUUUUGAGGAUGGUAAAUCAAGACUGUUGAGGGUGCCCAAAGAAGCAAGAAAGGGUUCUCAUGACAAAAGCUGUGAAAUGAGAAUUUUCAAAUGGGGAAAAGUGACUGAUUCAGAUCAAUCUCUUUGCUUGGUGAGAUUGAGAAAGGGAGUAUUUACUGUAUGGGUUUUGACAAAGUAUGAAACAAGUUUGUGGAAAAAGAUUUUGAAGAUAAGAGUGAGGGCAAUGGGACUUUCGGAGAAUGAUCUUUCUCAAGUAGCAGUAAAAAGUUUUAUAGUAUUAAAUGGAGAACUUUUGGUGUUUGCUACGCAAAACAAGGUUUACGUAUAUAGUUUGAGCGAUAAAAGAAUUCGUAACUUUUGGAAUCAUGAGUCUGAGUUCAACAUUUUGCGUUUCAUUCCUUACAAGGAUACCUUGGGCAGGUUUGAUAUUGGAACCAAAAUUUUACCUUUACCUAUACAUGUGUAA